AUGUUUUUGUUUUAUUGUGGACCCCAGGAAGAGUAGCUGAUGCUUCUGCAAAAGCUAAUGGGGAUACAAAUAAAUAAACACAACACAACAGUUUCCCUCAUUGCAGGUAGAGAUCAGUCGAGAUGGAGAAAGGUUAUCCCGGGGAUGGUACUUCCGCCCCUUACCCAGGACCUCCCAUGAACUAUGGGGGGAUAGCCACGGGCCAGGGCCCCCAGCCAGGCUUGUACCCCCAGCCCCCAGGUGGAUACCCUGCCUCCCCUGGUCCUCCACAACCAGGGUUCCAGCCUGGUCCCUACCAGGGAGGUCCCCAAGCAGGUGUGUACCCACCUCCACCACAGUACACCUCUGGACCAGGUGGACCGGUGCCAGUCGUAACCCAGGUAAUAAUGACUCCUAGCCUGAUGGAGGUCGGAGGUUCGACCAUGUGUCCCCACUGCCAGCAGCACGUGGUCACCAAUACAGAGACCAACGCUGGCCUGCUCACCUGGCUCAUCUGUGGAGGCCUCUUCAUUGUUGGGUGCUGGCCAUGCUGCGCCAUCCCGUUCUGUGUAGACUCAUGUAAAGAUGUGGAUCACAGCUGUCCCAACUGCAACAAAAUCAUCUACGUCUACAAACGGAUUUGAUAUUAAUUUGACCUGACGUUACUCUACUACCUUUAUCUGAAGGACUGGGACAUGACACUUGAAUCAAAUCAACAUUUCUGUAAAUGUAUGAGGAUCGUAUUCACUAGGGCAUGUGAUGUUGUAGUGGGCAACCC